AUGAGCUACUUCCGAAUCACCUUGGUGCGGUCCGCCAUCGGUCUGCCCCGGAGAACGACAGACAUCCUCAAAGCCCUGGGGCUUAAGAAGCGCAUGGCCACCGUCUUCCACCCCGUAUCGUCAUCGGUUGCAGGUCAGAUCAUGAAGGUCAAGGAACUGGUUGAGGUGCACCUUGAGCGGAAGCCGGACCCCGGAUAUUAUGUCGAGAAGACGUCAGGGGCAGAGUGGAAAGAGAGUCGGGGACAAUAA